AUUUUGAAGUAGUUGUCUACAGUAAACUUAGCCAUACAUACUCAUAGGUAAAUGACUUCGCAGUGAACACUAUGCAAGACACAAUUUCUCAACCCAAGCGGAAUAACUAUAUGAGAAGGCCAAAAGAAUUAAUUGACAGACGUUUUUGGUUAUUGUUACGAAAGCUCUAAUUCAAGUUAAAGAUAACUAAUGGAUUUAUUCCUUUUCUAAAGUCAGUUACUAAACUCACUGCAAGUUGCAUUUAAAAGCAUCUCUUUCGGUUCAAAAACUCACCAGUGACAUCACUGUAGAGAUGCUUGUUCAGAAUGAUAGUGUAAAACAAAACAACAAUAAAGACGGUGAUCCCCAGCCGAUACAUGCCUCUGUUGAGAAGCAACAGUAUCCAAAAAAGAAGGCUGCCCGGAGCUCCAAACAUCCUCAUGCAUCUCGGGGUAGCGAUCGUCCUCGUCAAAAGUCACUGAAUACAAUGUUUUGUGGGUGUCUGGUAUCCGGAUCAGAAUGUGGUAAUACAAUGGAGCAUCCCCCACUUGAUAACAACCGACGACUUCUUCCUACCAGUGCUAUCCAGUCAAUGGAAUCUCUUAGCAUUUCAAAAAAUGCAGGUUCACAGUGUUUUCAGCCAUCCCAAGUAUCUAAUGACUCAGGUUCAAUUAAACUGCAACCAGUUGUUAACUUACCUUCUUGUGCUCUUAUAACAGAUGCUUUGCUUUCACAAACCAAACGGGCAAGUACAGUUAAGAUAAGUGCACCUUCCAAUGGAGUAAAGCACUCAGGUUGGCACAGUUUUAGAUUUAGUCGUAAAAAGGAGUCAAAUUUGUCCAAGACAAAACAACGUGAUUCCACGAUAAGGAUAUCUGUUACCAGGCCCUUAAAAAGCGAUAUUUCCCACCCUGAAGCAGAACAACACUCAGAAACAGUUCAAUCCCUUGUGUUCUCACCAUUACCAAACCAAGCAGUACUGGAAACAGUAAAUUCUGGAGAGCAAAAGGCUGCGUUGCUUGGACCGAAAAGUGAAACAGACAAAAGCAAAAAGUGUUUUGUAAUUGACUUGGACGAAACUUUGGUGCAUAGUUCAUUUAAAGUAAUCGAACAUGCUGAUUUUAAAGUAGGAGUUGAAAUAGAUGGAGUCACACACCGUGUGUAUGUUUUAAAGCGACCACAUGUUGACCUCUUCUUGUCGACCAUGGCCGAUCUAUAUGAAUGCGUACUGUUUACUGCUAGUUUAGCUAAGGUGAAUUUUCUAUCGAAAAUUUGUUCAUCUGUUUAUUCGUUCACGUAUUAAUAUUUUGAUCUCCAUAUUCUUUCUCCAUCUACCGUAUUUACCAAUUAUAAUAAUGAUUUCCUAUUCAAGUUAGGUCGACAAACAUGAAUGAACAACAUGAGCAACAACAACCUUGGAUAAUCAAUCGAAUGGAACGUUAAUAGGUACUGAGUGUUCCCAUCAUUCUAUCCAGUCAGACGUAUUAGUAAACCAAACUGUGUAACUUCGUUUGUGGAUGAAGUUACUUGGUUCUAUGACAGGAUAUUUGUAAUCAAACGUGAAAACUUAGAGAAACGAAGUAGUUAUUUUAUAGUUCUAGUAAGAAGCUAUGACUCGUGUAUUCGAUUAACUUGAUGGUAAAGUGUUUAUGUACUGUUGGGAUCCGGUCAUGAUCAUAGAGCAUCGUAAAGCAACUCAAGUUGGGAACUAUGUAGCACUGGUUUGCGACGGCCCAGUGGUAUUGUACUGUAUGAGAGCUAAACGUUUUGUAUUCAGUUCCAUGUAUGAACUUACUUAUGAAUCGCUACCAAAUCUCUAAUUAAAGAAUACUUGUUCACUUUCCCAGUUUUCACUGGUUCUCUAUCCAGUAUCAGUCUGUGGUAAAUUAUCUGCAAGUCGAUUUUUUUCUGCUGACCUCAAUAAAGACGAGGAACCAUUGUUAGAGGGAUAGAUACAAAAAUGUCUUCAUACAGUGGGUUUACUAUAGCUAUAAGAAAUCUGAAGCGAGGGAGAGCAACAGGCCCUGACAGAUUUACUCCUGAGAUUUUUAUGGAUGAUGGUUCAGUAUUAACAGUGAGAUUAACUGAGGUCUUAGGUAGAAUUUGGGAACGACGUAAUCCCAUCUGACUGGUCUCAACCACUGGUUGUGCCAGUUUAUAAGAAAGGAUAAAAGUCCUCUUGUGACAUUCACAGAGGAAUCAGUUUGACUAAUAUAGUGUCUAAAAUAUUAGCUUCAAUAAUACUUCGACGCCUAACUAAAGCUCGUAAAGAGCAGACUAGAGAAAACCAGGCUGGUUUUCGACCUGGACGUGGUUGUAUAGACCAAAUAUUUACACUAUGUCAGGUCCUAGAACCUAGACACAUUCAGAUGCUCCACACUAGUAGUAUAUCUCGACCUUUAGGCGGCAUUCGACUCUGUUGAUCGUGAGGUUCUAUGGCAGUGUUUGUCACUGAAAGAAGUACAUUAACCUUAUAAAGGCUUAUGGCGAACUGUCAUCAGAAUUGAUUACCUCGAGUGGUGUUCGUCAGGGCUGUCCACUCUUUCCAUUCUUGUUUCACUUCGUCAUUGACGUGCUUUUGGAGAUGACACUUUCCUCAUCUAAAUUUGCAAGGGUUGAACUUCUACCGAGAGAUCCACUUUUUGACCUCGAAUAUGCCGAUGACAUAGUUCUAUUUGGUGAAGACGCUGACAAAGUGCAGAAUCUUCUGACCACUAUAAGCAACAAUGCAAGCAUGUUCGACAUGCGAUUCUCCCCCUCGAAAUGCAAAAUGUUACUUCAGGAUCGGGUCGCAUCGACACCCGAACUAAUGAUUGGGGGCGAAGUAGUUGAGCGUGUCGACCGCUUCACUUAUCUUGGAAGUCUCAUCAGCCCUUGUGGUCUGGUGUGUGACGAAAUACAUAAGUAUUAGCUCAGCUGGGGACCAAAAUAAUAUUCUCCACACGAGUAAGGAAAUGAAAUUGUGGAGAAAUAUGGGGAGGAGAAGGAAGUAUAAUCAAAACAAAUUAGUAAAUUAAAAUAAGUGAACGGGAAUCGGUUACAGUAGGAUACACAGUACAGUACAUCUAGGAAGAAUUCUUCCAUUUAAAGGAGUUCCUCUCACUUAUGAACAGUUUCAAAGUAAACUACAACCGGAUUCGUCCUAUGCAGCUUUAUCUCAUACCACGACUUCAUUUCAUAAACUUACCACCUCUGCCUUUUCCACCCAUUCUCAGCGUCCACAAAUAUUAUACUGUGCGUAUGCCACUGGAAUGACAUUCGUAACACAAGCACAAGCCACCGAAGCUGAUGUUUUAAGUUGGUGACAGUGACUAAGUUAUGGCUGCUGCGCCCAAACCUCAGCAUUAGUAAAAUCGUUUUGCUACUUGAUAUUAUCGAUCACUCGAAGAUAACUAUCGUCGAACUCGGAGAAUCGCUAAAAAUCCAUAAAUCGAAGGGACCAGUUUUCAUAAGCAUAUAGCAAAACUCCUGUCCCUGUUGUGAUGUAAACCCAACAUUUUGGACCCAGACUGACCUCGUGAUGGUACCGACGAUGACACAGUUCGGCAUAAGCCACCCUCACUUCCAUUAUGCAUAGAUUUAUCUCAUUAGCCAUACCACCACCAGCACUCGCACAACUACCCAAAUGCACGGACUUUUCGACUACUUCUAAAUGGCCGUCACAAAGAGUGAGUGUGGGCAAAUGUCACAGUCAGUCUUAUAAAUGUACCUUGGAUUCAAAUGGUGCAAGUAAAUGCUGUACUUGGAUGCAAUCGGAAUUAGAUUUAUCUCCCAACAGUUUCUGCUCCCACUUCAUUACACGAAUCUGGAACACUAACUCUUAAACCUUUCUAAAUAACCCAAUCAGUCUCCUAACCAGAUGUUCACCAUUCUCUUUAAAGAGGAGCCAGGAGUAAGUCGCCUGACCUUGAUAACUUGUAACGCUUCAGGAGUUGGAGUUCCUUAAGAUCCGCCUCGUCAGGUAGAUUAGUCGAUACGGGUCGAGAAGAGUCCGGUUCCACUUUCAAAAUCCUCUCUUAUGGACACUUCUCUACAUCUGUCAGGGAAACAUGUUUUUUAGGGGAGUGAGAGGACUGAAAGCGAACGUCUUACUUUAAACUUAGAGAGAGGAUCCACCUGGGGGAGUUGGAGAACUCUGACUCCAAUCUAAUAGCGCAUAUGGGCUCCGGGAUCUUGAGGGAAUGAAUGGUGUAUGAACCUAUGUUUGGUCGUCAGGCACUGUGGGAUUCAAUCUUCUGACGUUCUGCUCUUGCCGUGUGAAGUAAACCCUUUAGUCAAAGGCUUGGGGAGUGUCUCCUCAUGAAGAUCACCUGCUCCUGUAUGUGCACCGUGACAGUAUCCCAGCUGCACACAAAUAUGACAAUAAAUGCUAAUAGAUGACGGAAUACUCGAAUUUACCAGUAAAGUCUGUUACGUAAAUAUUUGUUGGUUUAUGUGUACAUGUGAUAAAUUUUAUUACUGUUUCUCUUGUUACAUAAUAUUCAUUUAGUAUGCUGAUCCAGUUGCAGACUUCAUUGAUAAAUGGCAUGCUUUCCGAUACCGGUUAUUUAGAGAAUCUUGUGUAUAUCAUCGAGGUAAUUAUGUAAAGGAUCUUAGUCACUUAGGCAGACCAAUCAACCAAGUUGUUAUUUUAGAUAAUUCACCAGCAUCCUAUAUGUUCCAUGCAAGUCAUGCAGUAAGCUAAAUAUAAUUUAUUAAUACUAUUAUUAUAUGUCGGUUUUUAUUCCUUGAUGUUUAACGAAAUUUUAAUGUCAGUGCUUUGUUUCCUAAACCAAAUGGUCCAAAACGACCCUGCAGGAUUCUCAAUUAACCCAUCUAGCUCAGAAAAAACAACACCAGAGAUGGCAAUAGUGUUUUGGUCCACGUGCUACUUACGGUAUAAUUUUAGCCAGUAUUUAUACGAUGAAUAUUACUUACGAACUAUAUUAGGUUAGCGUUAAUAUUUUACGCCCCGACCGUUGUUGCUACCUUGACGUGGUGGUCGGGCUUGCCUAUCGUGAAGCAACCGAGCUAUACUGGCUGGAACAACCGUUCCUCAAGGUCCUAUCAUGUCAGACAGGUCGGUUGAAGAGCGGUAAGACUAAAAGCAACAAACCUAAGGUCCGAAGGUGAAGUCGUACUGCUGACUGUACAGAGGUGUGAUGGCAGCAAUGUGUUUCCUUCAGACAACCAGCAUGACAGCGAUGCUGCCUUCCCACAAGGAGGGGUGGGGUUAGAAAAGGUCGCUCCUAAAAAUACACACCUCACCUUAUCCCAUGGAUAUCCGUCUCCGGCGGUAAGGUCCCAAAAAGUACGGAGCUAACACAAAAAUUAUCCAUAAAAAGGUCGUGUGUGACCGACCUCAAGCAGUUGUCCCUUGGGCACUGCGGUCACUCUCCCAGGUCACUAAGACCACCUCUAAUCCAAUUUCCUUUUCAGGUACUUCCUCCUCCUCUGAAUAUUUUACGCACAUGCAUUUGAAAAUUUCUAUUAUAUUUGGUAAUGGGCAUUAUUAUCACUUCCUAAACGUUUUAUAACUAUACUUGUGAAAGUAGUUACUUAUCUUAACUUAUCUAAAAUUGGCGUAUUUAGUUCAGCGGCUAUCUACUGUGAAAUGAAAUACAUUGCCUUAUGGUUCAUUUUAUUAUGUGACUGCUAAACACUUGUCACAUGAAGUGUAGUUCGAGCAGCUAACUUCCUGGUCAUUAAUAAAUCUCCUGAAUAGAAGAAUUUUAGAAAUACUUAGAGUAUUUGACGUUUUGAUCGUGUUAGGCUGACAAGGUAGAGAGUCGUUUAGGCAUUAUAAACAAAAGUGUGCAGCAUUCGAAAUGUUAAACAUUCUGCUUUACUCUGGAGACAACUUUGGCUUUUGAUUAUUUGUAGUACAUCAUAAGCUGUAUCAACAUCAGGCUUUGACUGAUUGAAAAGACUUUCAUACAACUGUAAGUAAAUCCCAAUGAUUUUCUGUUCCUAAUGAAGCUGUUGCUGUUUAGUGUUUGUUUAUAGAAUGUUAUGUCGCUUAUUCGUUCUCUCACUUGCUUUGAGUUUUGAUUUUUAUAUGAACAGAUGAUCGUAGAGUUUCAUCGAAGGUAGUUUCAAAUUUUUCUUACGGUUGUUGAAGAUUUUAAGUUGAGGUAACGUGAGUUUGCUUUGUGUUAACCAGUCGGAUAAAUAAUCACUGAUGGUUUAAGCUAUGUACUACACUACAUAUUUCACAAUCAGUAUCCUCAAAACGCUUAAAAUCAGUGAUUGGAAACUCUUAGCAUUAUAUAAAUAAGAAUCUGUCAUAGAGUAUGCUUUGACGUUUUAUAUUUUUCCAAGAUAGGUUAUCGUUUUGUCUGUUUCUUUCUGCAAUUGUGCUGAAGCUCUCUUUUAGAUUAACCAACCAGUUGCACUAUAUAUUUGCUAAACUAAGUAAAUUCUUCGGGGAACCAACGCGUAUUGACGGUAGUAUUAUUUAAGCAGAAGCACUGAGCACUUUAGGAUUAACAAAUUUAAUUAAUGAUUUAUUCGACAUGUUUUAGUUUUCCCGUUAGACGUAAACAAAAGUAGCUAUGCUUCUGUUUUCAAACUUUAACAUUCGUAUUUAGUUCAUCGUUUCUGAGCUCUUUUUAGGUGUUCUGUGGUUACGGGUACUAGAAUGAUUAAAACUUUAGAGCCUGUUUCGACAUUUCCAAGGAUGGUUACUGGAACAGUUAAGCGACUUGUUUUGAAGAGUUACUCUUCGUUCAUGUACUCUACUUCAAACUUUAAUUAGUGGUUCUAGAUUAUAAUUCAAAAAGUGUUUAUGACAAACUCAUCUAGUUAAUAUAUUUUCUGUUACCUCGGACUUGCCAUACUCUUGUUGGUUUUUUAGUACUCAUACUAGCGUCGUAUGGGUUUAAAAAUCGUUAGCUAACAAUGGGAGGGUCAUUAUUAACUAGUUAGGUCGUUCUUUACAAUGUUCCAUUUUUCUUUCCAGAUAUUAUUUCAGAUAAAUCAUAGACCUAUUUCUUGUUGAGGGAGUUCAACCAACCCUUUGUGGUGAUUGUAAAACGAAAUUCGUGUUCGAAAAAUGUCUAGUUAGUCGCUUAACAUACACUGCUCUCAAAUGAACGAUAUUAAGACGGAAGUUAUUCAAAAUAAAGGGAACUUAGAGAGUGCAUGCAUCUUCAGCACUGUGAUCGCACUUGCUCUAUUUCAUCUAUCUUGUUCAUUUCUGUUGCACUAAUGAGAGUCAAUGUUUAAUUUUUUUGAGAUAUAUUUAGUAUGUAUCAUCAGGAACUUGAAAUCCUAAAAAUUGUAUAGUCGUUUCUCAUAAAUUCACUCUUUGCUGUUUUGUGUGAUGAAAUUUAUUUUUCUGUUAUUUCUUUGUUUGUAUUGUUAUUUCUCAGUAAGUUUUUCAAAAGUUAUCUCUUUCAUCAUCAUACAGGUUCAGAUCUCAUCAUGGUUUGAUGAUGCGAACGAUCGUGUUCUACUUGAUUUGAUUCCUUAUUUCGAAAAACUUGCAACACAACCUAACGUGGUUGAUUUUCUAAAAAACAAUAUUCCUCCUACGCCUUAUGCUGCUAUCGGUACAAUUGGUCUACCUCCAGGACUUUUUACACACGCAACAUUCCCGGCUACUACUUCAACUGGCAGUGGUAAAUCCCAUGACGCCAGUUCAAUAAUCUCGAAUAUAAGACGUCCAAAUGUUUCUUCUCCACUGCCUGUAUCCAUUGGAGAUAAUCACCCACAAGUUUCGAAAGAAUCAUCUACAACCUUGACUGUAUCAAUAUCUGCUGAGAACAAAACACAAUACCUAACUAUUACGGAUGCUGUUGCUGUAGUUACUAAAUUAGAUCCUCCAGAAGUUAGUGGUCCUUCACUGAAUCCUGUGUUGAAAAAUAAUGAAAAAUCAAGUUUUUCAGCUCCUUUACCCUUAACACCUUAUGUCCCUGUCACUUCAUCAUCUUCAAGUGUUUCAACAACAAAAACAUUAACUAAAAAUUCUGUUCAAACAGUUGCAUCUGUUUCAAAUGUGUUCACAUCCGAUGAAAUUACACAACCUCAAACCUCUGCAUCUCCAGGAAUUUCAUCUUUGCCCUUAACAAAUAAAUUGGCUCACAUUCCAUCUACAAAAUACUCAGUUCAGAGUUUAUCCAUGGGACAUAAAACUUUAUUAGGUACAUACCAAAAGAAACAAAAUCCUUCAAAUAAACUAUUUGGUACUGUUUCAAAUUGUUUUAAACCUACCCCUCAUAUCCAAUCAAUUGAAAAUCAUCAUUCAUCAUCACCAAAUAAAUUAAUUACACCUAUUCUAUUGCCAAAUGUCACAUCUUCUACCUCUUCUGGUUCAUCAACAGUAAAUGUAACACAUUCAUCUACUAGUGAUCUUACUCCAAAAAUUAAUCAUUCUAUUAAGAAUCAAUAAUAUUGUAUUAUUACCACUGUAAUACGUCUUAUUUUUUCGUUAAUCCUUGUGCCAAAAUAUGAAUAUCAAUUUUGUUAUUAAUUUAAUAAUCAUUAUAAUAGAACAUCAGAAUAACUCAAUUGAUAGUUUCAUAUUUUGAAAAUUAUUGUUUUCCCUAUCAAGCAAUUAAUUAAAAAAGAAGAAGAUAUGGACAAGUGAAUUUAUUAAUGUAUUAUGUGUAAUAACAAUUAUAUAUUGCCAAUUACUUAUUCUUUCUGCUCAAUCAAAAAUAUUAAUAGUGUUUCUUCAAAUGUUUCUAGUUCUACUAAGAAUAUUUUAAUUCCUUUAUUGUUUAUACAUGUGAAUUUACACAUCUAUAUUGUAUAUAUAUAUACAAUAUUUUAUGUAUAUAUUCAUGUAUACAUGAGAAAAAACACAGUAAAUAUGUUAUCUUUACCCUUAUUUGUACUUCCGUCUAAAUUGAUUUCUUCAUUGAAGAAAAAGCCUCCAUAUAAAUCUCUCUGUUAGUAUAAUGUAGUGAAUAUGUACAGUUAUUCUUUGCUUGUUUCGUGUUUUAUCCGACAUUUCACUUACAUUAUUGUUCACACCAAUAAAAUAAUUAUUUGAAUAUUUGUUCAAAUCCAUCUUUCGAUAUAUAUAUAUAUAUAUAUAUAUAUAUAUAUAUAUAUAUAUAUAUAUGACACUUGUGCAAUACUACUAAUGAAGAUACAUCUUCUUUUUCUGUUUUCGUACUUUUUAAACAUUUUUGUUUCAUAUGAUAAAAUCAGUCGUUAUUUGUGUGAUCUGCCUUUGUUUGACUUUUUGUUUUGCUCUAUUUCAUUUUAUUCUCAUUCACAAAUAACACCAUUAAUUUCAGUAGAUCAGAUUUAUUUCAUUUCGCUCAAGGUGCUAUAUAUAUAUAUAUAUAUAUAUAUAUAUAUAUAUAUAUAUAUAUGUAUACACAUGUAUAUAUACUUAGAGCGUUAAUUUCCCUACAUACCAUUUCUUAAAACCUUUUUACUCUGAAUUAUCGUAACAUCUCCCAUUCAUUUUUUUCAUAUCUUUAUUAUUCGUUACCUUUUUCCCAUCCCGGUCUGUAUGUAAUUGAUUACUGCCGCCAUCUAUUACAUUUACAUUGAUCUGGAAUUUAUGGACAACCCAUUUUAAACUUUUAAGUUUUGUGCUAUUUUAUUUAUUAGUUAAAAUAGAGAGAACAAUCAGCUUAAUCAGAUGUAUACACAUACACACAUAUUAUAUUUAUAUAUAUAUAUAUAUAUAGUGAUUAGUUUACACAAUUAUUAUCUUCCUUUUAUUCAUUUACAUUCAUUUUACGCUUUUAUAUAUAUAUCAAACUGUAUAUGUGAAAUUGUUCAUUUACGACUUCUAUUUCAGAUUUUCACCUUUGUCUUAAACGCAGAUUAAGUAACGCACAAUACUCUUGUAGCAUAUACAUGAAUUUAAGUGUUUCUUUUUUCUUCAAAGAUUGAACCAGUCAGACUGAGGUUGUACAUGUCUACAUCUGUAUGUAUUGGUGCCUUUUUAUUGUAUUCUAAUGGAAAGAAAAAAUUGAAUGAACAAUAAAUUGUGUUAUUGUAUAAUUUAUUUUCUUAUCGUUGAAACAGUUCCAAGUUUUAGUGAUUCUCAGUUAUUGGGUACAGAUUCUUUUACUGAGUUUUAACCUAUGCUGUUUUAUUGAGACCUAGUGAUAAUCUUCGCUUGCAAAUAUCGAGGUAACUGGAGAAGGCUGCAACCAUGCAAUAGGUAAAGUCGAAUGCGCCAACAAUUGAGCCACCCCCUCAUAAUACGUAUCUCUAGUAAUCUUCCUGAUUUUUAAGCAAAGAUGGAUAGUGGCUAGCAGUGGGAUUCAAGAUGCACGUUUUGUCCUAUUUGGGACUCGUCAGCUGGAUGUACCUUCAUCCCAUCAUCUUCCUGAUUUGUUGGGUUUUCCUUGUCUUUCAGUCAUUGAAUAAUUGUUUCCUAUAUGUUGGGUGUUUAUCUGAAAUGCUUAUUACUUCAUUUCACUUUUCGUCUAAGUAUUUUCUUUCCAAUCAACUGAGCAUGUUUAAUUAUUUCCUACCAGUAUCCUGUUUUUCGAUCGAAGUAACUACAUUGGAUUUCUUAUACCUAGUCAUUUUUUUGAGGGAGAAGACAAAUGAACUUUAGUUCUGGUUAUGUUUUAUGUUGACUUAAGGACUUAAGAUGAAUUGUUGAGUCUUGUUUUAUAUGCUCCACAUUUUUAUUUUCUCACCUUGAUUGAAACUUCAUAUUAGAAAUCAUCCUGAUAGUGUUUAUAUAUAAUUUACUUAUUAUGAACUUAUUUGAUUAUUAGUGCUUUGAAACUCAUCUGAUUUAAGAUUUCUUAGUCAACAUGGUUACUAUGACUUGACAUGAAGGAUUUAAUAAUGUGUAAUCCGGUCGCUGUCUAUGAUUAUCGUUUGUACUUUAUGUUUUUUUUUGGUAGAUAUAUGAUGUAACAAUAAUCAAUUCAAUUAAUCUCGUAAGUCGUACUUGACUUCUACAUUUUAAUGGUGGUAGUUUAAAUAUUAAACUCCAUUAUAAUUCAUCAGUUUGUUGAAUAUUUUCAUCAUGUAUAAUUUAUCAUUUAUUUACAAUUGUACUAUUAAUGAUAUAUGCAAAGUUGAAUUUGUCAUAUCCAGUUCAGUUGUAUAAAAUGAAGUUUUAUUAAUUGAAAGUGUAUAUUAGUGUACAUUGAUAUAAAUAUAUGCAAAAGUCAAUGGAAACGAUAUAUUUAUUGCGAUAAACAAACUAAUCCACAUUUUUAUGUUCGGUAUUAAAUAUUUAGUUGUGCAUGAAAUAAAGCAUCUACAAUAUUCUAACCGUAAUGCAUAUAUUUUAUAAGUAAUAUGUACGUUUCAAAAUAAAAUGGAAAAAUGUUCAUAUAUUUUAGUCGAUAAGUAACAUACAAAUAUAAUUUCCUAAACACCAUGUUAUGACCGUAAAAAAAAGUAAUCUCAAAUUAAACCUUGUUAAUAAAGUACUUUCACUGUUUAUAGAAAGCAUUAAAGAUUGUGAGGAAUCACAUACUACAUAGCCAUUGUUAUUUUGGCAUUACUAGGUGAUAUCAACAAAAUAUUAGUCAAUAAUAAUAUUACUGAGAUACAUGCCAAAUGGUUUGCAAGAGAAUAGUUUAUUUGACUGUGUAUUAAAUAACCUAACUUGAAAUAAAAUAGAACGGUUAAAUACAACAUUAUCAAAGGAAAUAAGUAUUUUGAUGGAGUUUUGUUCUCUAAGCUGGAUGGUUUGGUCGUGGAGCCUUCAUCGUUCUUCUGAACGACAUCAGCAGAAACUUCAGAUAGAACCGAAGUGUUCAAAUUUCUCCAUAUACAUUUCACAGCUUGUCCUGUACAUCUCGACGUUGAUUAGUUCUUAUUGACCUUAGAUUUGUUAUUGUUAACUUCUACUACUGAAAAGAAGUAAACAAUGACAAAUUUAAGGUCAAUAAGAACCAAUCAACGUCGGGGUGUACGGAACAAGCUGUGAAACGCAUAUGGAGAAAUUAGACAAUUUGGACUUCGCAGAUGACCUAGCCCUCUUAUCCCAUACACACGAGCAAAUGCAAAUAAAGACAGUCAAUGUAGCAGCAGUUUCUGCAUCAGUAGGCCUCAACAUACACAAGAGAAGAAGCAAAACCCUCAAAGACAACACGGAGAACACCUAUCCAAUCCCACUUGAAGGAGAAAAUGUGAAGUCAUUUAGGUACCUGUCUAGACAGCAUCAUCGAUGAACAAGAAGGAUCUGAUGAAGACGUAAAGGCGAAGAUUGACAAAGCAAGGACAGCAUUCCUAAAAUUGGAGAACAUAUGGAACUCAAAACAAAUGACUGAAAUCCAAUAUAAAAAUCAGAAUCUUCAAUACCAACGUCGAGGCAUUUCUACUGUACGGAGCUGAAACGUGGAGAACUACUACUAGAAUCACCAAAAAGGUACAAGUAUUUAUAAACCAUUGUCUACGUAAGAUACUCGAUAUUCGUUGGCCGGAUGCCAUCAGCAACAGCCUACUGUGGGAGAGAACAUACCAGCUUCCAACUGAGGAGGAAAUCAGGAAAAGACGUUGGAAGUGGAUAGGACAUACAUUUCAGAAAUCACCAAACUACAUCACGAGACAAGCCCUAAAUUAGAAUCCAUAAUGGAAACGGAAAAGAGAAAAACCGCGGAACACACUACGUCGGGAAUAAGAAGCAGUCAUCAUAAAGAUGAAUAGCAACUGGAAAGGAUUGCCCAGGAUUGGGUUGGAUGGCGAGUGCUGGUGGCCGGCCUAUGCUCCUCUACUAGGAGUAACAGGCGUAAGUAAGUAAGCAAAAUUAUACGUUAAGUCAUAUAUACACGUGUACAUACAAAUAUACUGCUACACAUAUUAAUCAAAUCUACCCACCAGUUUAAACCCAAAUAAUGAAUCGUUAUAUACAGUAACAGAAUAAAAGUUCAUUGAAAACACUAGUGAAAAUACCAUGACCUAAGAUUGUCAAAAGCAAAUGCGAAUCAUUAAAGUACAGACAGUAAAAUGAAAAGAACAUGCAAAAAAUUUUUGAGUAUGCAUCCAUUUAUUCAUCUAUCUAUCUGUCUAUCUAUCUAUUUUAAUUUUGAUCCCUUUUUAAUUACCUUUAUAACUUAAC